CUAAGGAUGAACGCGCUGCCCGUGAGAUUUCAUUUUUUUGCAAAGUAGAAUCUCUAUUUUUCGUUUUCGUCUGAGGUAAAUGCAAGAUUUUUUUUUUCUCGAAAAAUGAAAUUUCAACACCAGCGCGUUCUUCUUUAGAGCCUCCAUAAUCUCCUGUUAAAGUUUCAGGUAAUUCGGUACACCCUGUUAGGAGAACAGUUUCAUGAAGGAGUCCUCUUUGACGUCACUUUCACAUCCCCUUAAACGAGGUCACCGAAAGUUUCAUGAACUUUGAGGCCACUUUCAUAUCCCCUUAAGUUUCUUCAAUUUUCGGAUAUGUAAGAUCCGAAGUCCCGAUUCGUCUUUUUUUUUUUUUGAGGGAAUUCGCAGAGAUCGAACAUGCUGUCCAUGUCUUCUUUGGUCGGUCCUUGCUCCUUCGGGACACUGAGGUCCUUAGCGACUGGUCCUCUGGUUGUUCGGCUCGCCUUUGACUCCUCGGGCUCUGAAUCUGGACUGAACGGUGCUGUUGUUGACUGUUGUAGGGACUGAGGCGAAGGGCCACUGCUGAGACAUGGACAAUGUGCAAAUGAUCGGCACUAAAAUCACAGCGAUCAAGGAAUACUUAUAUAAUUUCGCAAGGACGCACUCCCCGACCAGACUGAUGAGCUCCGAAAACACUUACGCGCUCUCCAAGGAGCACUGCAAUCUCAAGUACGCGGACAUCCUGCCGCAGAAUGCCGAAGGACUCCCGGCAACCAGGGAAUUCCUGAUGAAGGUCGUCGACAUUCUCCUCGACUUCAUCAAAUCGACCAACGAUCGCAACGCCAAGGUCCUGGAUUUCCAUCAUCCUGCCGACAUGAUGAGGCUCCUGGACCUGGAGAUACCCGAUACAGGAGUGACUCUUCAGCAGCUGCUGAUCGACUGCUCGACCACCCUGAAGUACCAAGUGAAGACCGGCCACCCACACUUCUUCAACCAGCUGUCGUGUGGCCUGGAUCUAGUUUCGAUGGCUGGCGAGUGGCUGACGGCCACGGCGAACACGAACAUGUUCACCUACGAAAUCGCCCCCGUGUUCAUCCUGAUGGAGCACGUGGUCCUGGAGAGGAUGCGAGAGCUGAUCGGAUGGUCAGGGGGCGACUCCAUCCUGGCACCUGGGGGUUCCAUCAGCAAUCUCUACGCCUUUUUGGCAGCGAGACACAAGAUGUUCCCGAUGUACAAGGAACGUGGGUUGGCUGCUGUCGGUGGACAACUGGUCAUGUUCACGUCCGACCAGUGCCAUUAUUCCGUCAAGUCUUGCGCCUCCGUUUGCGGUCUGGGGACCGACAAUUGCGUGAUGGUACCGAGCGAUGAACGUGGUCGCAUCAUUCCUGAGAAACUGGAGGAGCUCAUCCUGGAGCGCAAGGCCAAGGGCCAUAUUCCAUUUUUCGUCAAUGCCACUGCCGGCACCACUGUCAUCGGGGCCUUCGAUCCGAUCCCAGAGAUCGCUGACAUCUGCCAAAAGUACAAACUGUGGCUUCACAUAGACGCGGCCUGGGGUGGCGGACUGCUUCUCUCGAGAAAAUACAGGCAUCCAAGACUGACCGGCAUGGAACGGGCCGACUCCGUGACCUGGAACCCCCACAAGCUCAUGGGCGCCCUGCUGCAAUGCUCCACGAUCCACUUCAAGGAAAACGGUCUGCUUAUCAGCUGCAACCAGAUGUCGGCCGAGUACUUGUUCAUGACGGAUAAACUUUAUGACGUGAAGUACGACACCGGGGAUAAGGUCAUACAGUGUGGCAGGCACAAUGACAUUUUUAAGCUGUGGCUGCAGUGGAGGGCCAAGGGCACGGAAGGCUUCGAGAAGCACAUGGAUCGCCUUAUGGAGCUCACCGAGUACAUGGUCAGGAGGAUCAAACAAAUGCCCGACAAGUAUUACUUGAUCCUUGAGCCGGAAUUGGUGAACGUCUGUUUCUGGUACCUACCGACGCGCGUUCGGAACAUGCCUCAUACUGCGGAGAGAGUGAAGAUCCUUGGAGAGAUCUGUCCCAUUCUGAAGGGACGGAUGAUGCAGGCCGGCACGUUAAUGGUCGGCUACCAACCCGACGACCGCAGGCCGAACUUCUUCAGGAACAUCAUCUCCAGCGCUGCCGUAACGGAAGCCGACGUCGACUUCCUCCUCGCGGAAAUGGACCGCCUUGGUCACGACCUUUAAACUGACGUCCCUGAAAGUAGGUAGCGUGCAGACA